AUGAACCAGCUCGCAAAGUGUGACAGGAGUAUGCUUUACAGCUUCAAUCUGUACGACGAUGUCGACGAUAAAAACUCCCAUCACCGUAUCUUCGCAUGCACAACAUAUGGAAAUGAUUGGAGUGAUGACUUGCGGGCUCAUGCACCACCCUCACGCCCUGUGACCGAGCACAAGGUCAACUAUGACAUUGGCUGGUCGUCCUAUUCUGAGGGCACUGAGUCCGAGUACCGCUCUCUUAUCAAACAAAUGCGUGAUUACAUUGCCCAUGGUCACGUUUCCCGCAGCAAGACCGCCAUGCUGUAUGCUCAGAUUGGUGGUACUACAGCCGGUAUCUAUAUCGGUAAUAGCCUACAGAGCAAGGACAUCAGCGAAGUGGCUCUGGGAUCUCUUAUCGACGAUUCCCAUGAUUUCGAUGGACGUCGAGAAAGCUUGGCCAUGCAGCUCUGUGGGCCACACUUUGACUCUCAACACGUCUUUGGAUUCAUGGCUCUGAGCAAUGGCACCUUCAGAAACAUCCAGUCUGCCUUCGAAUCCUGGUCCAAUGCCGAGUGCCUUGACUUCGAACACAGCACGAAUUUCACAGCUAGCACCCACUUUACAUCCCCUAUGUUGUCCUCCAUCAAGCCCGGAAACACGACCGCAAGCAUCCAAGCCUCCGGUUCACCUCUAUCCACUGAGUCUUUGACGUCGCAGAUGGGGAACCACCUAUCUUCUCGGGGGGAUGCCGGAUGA